AUGGAGAGUGGAACAAAAUUGUCAAAGUUUGAUGAUAGAGAAAAGGUGGACUCCACUUUAUUGAAAAGCCUCGUGGGAAGCCUGAGUUACUUGACAUGUACGAGGCCAGAUAUACUCUUCACAGUUGGAGUAGUAAGUUGCUUUAUGGAAGCUCCUAGCUCCACUCACUUGAAGGUUGUUGGACGAAUUCUUCGUUACCUAAAAGGUACGAUAGACCUUAGACAGUUUUAUACUUCUUCUAAUGACUUUAACCUGGUGGGAUUUUGUGAUAGUGAUCAUGCGGGAUAUAUUGAUGAUAGAAAAAGCAAAACUAGUUUUAUGUUUUCAUUGGGUGAUUGUGUUAUUUCUUGGUGUUCAAAGGAACAAUCCAUUGUUACUCUCUCGACAUGUGAGGCUGAACACGUGGCAACGACACCAUGUACGUGUUAUGCUAUUUGGUUGAGAAGACUGUUGAAGGAGCUAAAUUUUCCACAAAUUGAAGCCACGAUGAUUUGCGUUGACAACAAAUUGGUGCAAGCACUUGCUAAUAAUCUGCGGCACUAUUACAGCAGCAGCAGCACUGCUAUAGCGGUGGACUUGCCGCAACAGUCGCCAAGUGCAAAUGUAGCAGCAGGUCAUCAUAUGAGGGCUUACAUUCCUCCGCACAAGAGGCAAACAAAGGGUUCGCCGCCGUUGGAACCAACUCCUGCACCGGAGUCUCUAAUACCCGCUAACUUCAGGAAAAAAGUAACUCUCAAUUCGCUUUGGGAUCAUCACAAGAGAAAAAAGGACAAGAUUUUUCGCACGAGCAACGUCGUUUACACUGAUGAUGCCGUCUUGAGAUGGUUCUCCGAAUGUGGACUUGCACUGCAAUACCAUAUUUGGCUUUCCGGAAUCCUUGCGCCUGGCUAUAUUCAUAUAGGUUGCAAUGAAGGAACGAAUGAGCUUAUAGAUACACCAUGGCUUUUUGUUGCUGCAAAUGUGAAGCAGGACUUACUUUUGUCAUUUCAACAUAUGAAGCGUGAAAUGGAGGAAGCUGAUAUGGCACAAGUAAAGCCCUCUGUAGGUGCCCGUUUUGGAAAAGUUCUCUUUUAUGGGUCAGUCUUCUUCGUCAUUCUGGAGAAACUCGGUCUAGAAUAUGUUCAACGGAAAGAAUUAUACUAUGUUAAGCUUUCCAAUAAGUUGAGGCCUGAAUCAACUGUUUCCCGCAAAUGUGUUGUGGCAAAAGAUCGGAAAAAGAUUCAGUUCUGUAAGGAUGAGGAGAUUAAUGAACUUAAAGAUCUUAUUGGUUCCGCCAUUUUGGAUUCAGAAGUUCAAGGUGGCUUGAGAUGGCCCUUUGGCAAGAUUUCUUCUGGUGGUCGAUAUGUUGUUAUUGGUAUUGGUCACACAACUUCAAAAUCAUAUAGAAAUUCAUCAAUUAGGUUUAAGCUUCGGCAUGCAGAUCAAUUUGAUUUCAGAUCUACGACUGGUGAGCUUACACAGGAGAUUUUCCUGAAAAUGCCUGGAAUUAUAUCCCAGUUACGAAUGCAAACAGUCAACGAAAGCCUUGUGUUUGAAUUGCUCGAAGAUAACCUGAAGUUAAUCUGGGAUCACUGUUUGUUGGAUGGUUCUUCAAGCUGACCGUGUUUUGUUGAAUGGUCUGCAGAAUCUUCUAGAUGUUUAACUUUCACAAGUUGUGUACAGUUGGUUUAGGCAGGCUUAAUCUUGUUUUGCAGUUGUGGGAUGUAGAUUGUUGAGAUAAGAACUAGAGUUCGAACGAUAACACUGAAAUGUUAUUACACUCAGUGUUUUAAAAGGCAGUUUUGGGACUCGCCUCGGGGCUCGCCCCGGGGCGGGGCACCAGCAAAAUGCCCCAGGGCUCACGUCUGGGGCUUAAUUCCUGCGAGGCUUACUCCCUAAGCGCCCGAUUGUACGCCCUAAACACGCCUAACGCCC